AUUUUGAGAACCAUUCAAUAGUUAAUUGAAAAAAUUAAAUUAUUAAAUUAAUAAAACACCUUUAAAAUAGCAUUAAAGCAUGUAAAAAUGUCUAAUAAUCUGCAAUUAAAUCUGACUUUAACGCCUGGAUCUAUGAGAAAGCGUCCUACACCACAACUUCCAAUACCAACAUUACAACAGAGACCUCAAAGAAAUUUUGAACAUGAAAAAAGACUUAGAGCUUUAAGGACUACAUCUCUAAAGAUUAAUGGAAUUCAUUAUGAGACAAAUAUUCAAGACUUGGAGUACAUUAGUGAAUUAGGAAAUGGAACGAGUGGACAUGUAGUGAAAAUGAGACAUAAGCCAAGUGGCGCAAUUAUUGCAGUUAAGCAAAUGAGACGAACUGGAAAUGACGAGGAAACUAAAAGAAUAACUAUGGAUCUUGACGUAGUACUUAAGUCACACGAUUGUCCUUAUAUUGUACAAUGCUUAGGAUGUUUCAUUACGGAAGCUGAUGUGUGGAUUUGUAUGGAAUUAAUGUCAACUUGCUUCGACAAACUCCAAAAGCGUCUACAAAUGCCAAUUCCUGAAACGAUACUUCGACAUGUAACUGAAGCUACUGUAAAGGCACUUUAUUACUUGAAAAAUAAGCACGGUGUGAUACAUAGGGAUGUAAAGCCUAGCAACAUUUUAAUAGAUGAACAAGGACAUAUAAAAUUAUGCGAUUUUGGAAUUAGUGGACGAUUAGUUGAUUCGAAAGCAAAAACUCGUUCUGCUGGAUGCGCAGCCUAUAUGGCACCAGAACGAAUAGAUCCAAAAAAGCCAGAAUACGACAUUAGGGCUGACGUCUGGUCAUUAGGAAUUACUCUAGUUGAGCUUGCCACGGGAGCUUAUCCUUACAAAGACUGUAAAACAGAUUUUGAGGUACUCACAAAGGUCCUAGACUCAGAUCCUCCAUGCCUUCCAGAUGACCAAGGAUUUACCGAAGAUUUUAAAGAUUUUGUGAAACGAUGCCUAACAAAGGAUUACAAGCAACGACCUAAAUAUAACCAAUUGCUCGAACAUCCAUUUCUAAAUAGUCCCCUUAUACUAAGUUUAGUUGGCGUUUCUGACUGGUUUCAUUCGCUUACUCAAGAGAUUGGAAUUAUUUUACCUACUCAAGACCUUCCACCUUUCACAACUAUGCAUUUAAAUAGAGCAUCCUCAUCAACGUCAAUACAGCAACCAAUAUUACAAUAUUCACAACAGCAACCAAUUCAGUUAUUUAAGGAAUCUAGUGUAACUGAUGGUUCAAUUUAUAUUCCCUCAAAUCCUUUUUCACCGCCAAUAUCAACGGCAAUUCCAUCAUCAUCAUCUCAUGGACUUCCAUUUGAGACAAUGAAAAUGUAUUCACAUAUGGAAAUGAUUGAGAGAACAAGAGAUGGCUCAAUGACAACAUUUGAUCAGCAAAUGUCAAUUAAUAAGCAAUAUGAUCCAAUGUCGAGUGAAAUGGAUAUUAAGGGAAAUGGGAAUGGUUACCAAAAACUAGUAUCAAAUAAAUAUAAUGAUGGCACCAAUAUUGAUUAUGAACUGCUAUCAAAGUUUAAUCGUAUGCAUACACAAUCGCCACAACUGCCUCGUAAGAAUUAUACGAAUAUAAGAAAUGUAAAUUCGCCAGCAUAUGUUCAGCAGCAGCAGCAAGGCUCACAAUCGCCAUUAAUGCAGCAUAAAAUAAUAAAACAACCAGAGGAGAAUUAUUCGUACAAGCCGAAUCCUUCAAUUGGAGGGACUUAUUCACCGGUUGUAAAGAAACGUUAUGGAACUGACGGUGUUAUGGUAGCUGAAGACUUAGAAUUUAGAAUAUUACAUGGAAAUACGAGUCCAAUAGUCUUACAACGAUUCUAUCAUCAACAGAAUCAAUUACGUGAUCAGAAAAUGGAAGAGCAAUUACGUGCAAUGAAGACAUCAUCGUCUACGUUAAGUACAAAUCCUUUUGAUCAUCCACAUCAUCAAGCUCCUUAUGCUCAAAGUAAUAUUCCAAUAGCAAAUAAUUCAUAUUUAAAAUAUACAUCAUCACCGACACCUCAACGUAACAUGAAUUUCUAUGAAUCAAAUUAUAAUAAUCAUGCUAGUCCGCAGCAUCAUCAGAAUGCUUAUCCCAAUGUACCCAAUGUACCCAAUGCACCACAAUAUCCGAGAAAUACGAAUGGAAACUGUAUGAUUCCAACUUAUCGAUAUCAAUCAGAUGUUCAGAAACAUGAAAAUUUAAUAAAUCGCCCACCAAUUCCCAGUUCGCCGCAACUUGAUCGAUUGAGAGUAAAUUUAGAGAAGCAAAAUUUCUACGAACGACAUCAAUUGCCACUGGAAGUUCAAUUAAAGGAGAGUCAUGUGACAUCGUCCUCAAAUACAUCAAAUGACAAUAAAAAUGGAAAAGGAUGGAUAAAUUCUCUUUCAGGCAUGGUCAAAACGUACAUUAAAGCACGUCUCAAUCUCGAUCAGAGUAACAAGGAGGGCGAGAAAUCAAAGUCUUUAGCUACAAUUUCACCAAUUCGGUCUGCGACAAAUCCUUUUGCAGCUCAUUCGCCCAACAAAACGACAACACCAAAUUUACUUUCAUCCUCUUAUGAACGACAUCGUAGUCCUGAUCCACCACUGAGAACGCAACGUGGAAAUCAAAGUCCUUUGAUAUUACGACGAAAAUUAGAAAUGGCAGGCUCACCCAUCUUCCAUAGACGGUACAUGUCUUCAUCUCCAUCACCUCCACCAAUAGUUCCACGAUCGACGAUCAGGACAAAUUAUAAUGAGAUAUCAAAUUCUCCUCAACACUUUCACGCUAGGAUAAAUUUCACACCGGAACCUCAACGACGAAUGUUUCAUCAAUAGAAGCGCCAUUAACUUAUCAACAUAACUGACGAUAAUAAUAAUAAUAUAAUAUAAAUACCUAUAUAUCUUGCUCAGGAUUUUCAGUUUGUAGUGUGUUUGUUUUCUUUUGCGAGGCUAUGAAAAUGUACAUGAAAUCGAUAUUUGACAAAAAUGAAAAAAAAAGUUGCCUAGCUUGAUCUAGAAACAAAUCUUCAAUGGAAUGCCUUAAAUGCCAUUUAGCUUUUGAAUUUUACCACAAUAUGGAGAAGAAAAAACUAUAAAAAGGACAAAAAAAGUUACAAUAACAAAUUCCGAAGAGUUCUAUUAGAUUUUCUAUUUUUCACAAAAAAAUAAGAGAAUGGAAGUCUUGUAUACAUACAUAAAUAUAAUAUAUAUGUAAUUUUGACUUAUUCUUUGUGUAAUGUUUGACUUUACAUAACUUUUCUUUCCGAUUUUUCAUUUUAAAUGUGUUUUUUGCUGUUCAAAUCUAUAAAUUUUGUGAGGAUCAAAGUCAUUAGAAUGUAAUAUCAUGAUGAUUAUUUUUAUUUAUACUGAGAAAACAUAAAAUGUAACGAAUAAAAGCUAAAAUUCAAG